CAUCAGUUAUCAACAGAGUUUAAACUAAUUGUAUUGACAUGUAGCUGAUGCAGCCUUCGAAUUAGAGAGGCAGUUGCACUGCUCUAUGUGCGCGUACGUUUACGCGAAAAAACUAUAUCAAGAAACAUUUUAAAAUUUCGUAAAUGUCAUCUCGUGGGAAGAAAAACAAAAAGAAAAUAUUAACGCGACGUCCUAGACAUGUAGUCGGAAAGGAAGAGAAAUAUCGUCAAGAAAGGGACAAGUCCGACAAGGAAGAAGACGAAGAGUCAGAAGAAGGAGAAUGGCCUCUCCCUUUUCCAGUCGCUAUGUGGGAUCUGGAACACUGCGAUCCCAAAAAAUGUUCCGGUAGGAAACUUGUUAGGCAUGGUUUAGUGAAACUAUUGAGGUUAGGUGCUCGAUUUCCGGGCUUAGUUCUUACUCCUGUUGGUCAAAAGUGCGUGAGUCCGACAGAUCGCGAUAUCAUACGAGAUUAUGGAUGUGCAGUGGUCGAUUGUAGUUGGGCACGUUUGGACGAUACCCCGUUCGGUAGGAUGAGGACACCUAAUCCUCGUCUCUUACCAUUUUUAGUUGCAGCAAAUCCAAUAAAUUAUGGCAAACCAUGUCAAUUGAGUUGCGUGGAAGCUAUAGCUGCUACUUUAAUUAUAACAGGUUUUCAAGAGGAGGCAAAAUUUUAUCUUGGAAAGUUUUCUUGGGGCCAUGCGUUUUUAGAAUUGAACGACGAAUUGUUAAAAAAGUACUCGCUUUGCGCGAAUGCAGAAGAAAUUAUAGCCACACAGGAGAAGUUCCUCGCCGAUGCUAGACAAGAAAAGAUAGAUAGACACGCUACUUCGGAUUUCCCACCUACUGAUUCGGAAACGGAAGAUGAAAUGGAAGAAUCAGUCGAGAAUACCGUUUCUCAAAUAGAUAAGCAAUUAAGUGAUGUAAAUAUAGUAUAAGGAUUGUACAUAUUUUUUUGUUUUGUACUUAAUUCAAGACUAAUCCUGUUACGUUACACGCUUAUACGACUUAUCUAUUUAUUGUAAAUAAAAAUCGUACCUCGAACAAUA